AUGAAGACCGACCUGCGCAGUCGACAAGUAGUGGUUGGUGGCCAAUGGAUUCAACAUGGGGAUCGGGUGGUCCAUAUGUUCGCCAAGGCUCUCCUUGGACAGCUGAAGCGAGACCACCCGCUACAGGCCAAAUUGAAGGCGGAGUUUGCCACGGAUUUUUCCGAGGUCCAGGCAGUGCUGGAGCCCGACGAACCACCGCUGCCGCCACCCGAAGAAGGUCCUCCUGGGGAGGAGAUCACCACUCCUCCAUUGGAGACACAAGUGCAAACACAAGAGGAAGCGGACAUCUCCCAGGCACAACGAGACCUAGAGCGGACUCUGACGAUGAAUGAGGAUCCCUUCAAGCUGGAGCCGACGCCUGAGGAGAACAACCAGGCCCUCUUCGAGGCGGGUGUUCGCCAGUAUGAUGAUGAUCUGAACUUGGACGUGCCGGAGGAUGAGCAGGACCUCUGGGGGGGCUCCGAAGGGCUUCGCCGAGCUCAGCAGCAUCAACGACGAGGCAGUUUCGGCCCGUUUCGGCCGCGGAGCAAAGAACACACGGCCAAGCUGAGCUUUGAUCCUGAUCCCGACAACGUGCUUCUCUUGCACAGCAUCGCGGCCGAGGAUGACUCCCCCGAGAUGCACCAGAGGAAACAGGAGCAGGAGAAGGCAGAACGAGCCAGAAGAGAGCAGAAGGCACCCGUCUUUUUGAGGCUCGAGGAAUGCACCAUGGAGACCGUGAAGCUGCACACCGAGGAGGUCUUCAAGAUGAAGUUUAUCCGCUCCAUUGCAGAAGCCCUGCAGAUCCCUAAACAUCGCGUCAAGGUGAAUGGCUUUCAGAAGGGCUCUGUGAAGGUCCUACUAUCGAUUCUGGAGCCCACGGGAGAGGAUGAUGAAGAAUCAGGCGGCAUCACAGCUGACAUGGCUUUGGAAGAGCUCACCGAGCAGGUGGAGGAUCCCAAUAGUCGGCUACGUCUGGGAGAGGUGGGCCCCUUCGUGGUGGCCGCGCGACUGGAUCGAGAUGUGAUUCAGAGUGACCAGGUGAAGGUCGGCAGCAUGGCCGACGCGUACUUGGCCAGCGGACUGGAAGGGGAAGACUAUGAGCUCCCAGAAAGCGCUAAGCAGGCGUGGACCGCUGAAAGUGCCUCCGUCCAGGACAGUGAAGAAGCAGACCCAGACCAAUUAAUCAAGAAGGCGCAGCAGACGGUGGGGACGCGUUGGGGAUCCUCUCGCAUGGAGCAUGGCUCCAUUCAGGCGGAGUCCAAUUUCAGGAGCACAUGCCCUCAUUCCAAAGAAGAUGGCACAUUAGCUGCUUGGGCCAUUCCCUACGAGAAGCAGCCGAUGUAUACCUUCUACGAGCGAGCCUCCGAAGAGAUCGCCAAGGAGCCCAUUAUCCGACUACCCGAAGAGAAGCGAAAGGUGACCAUGACGGCGUCCUUCCAUUUGACGCGGCACCCAGCCACGGGAACGGAUGUGCUGAAAGGCAAGAUCCCUCCGGCGGGCGGUGUGAAGGCCUAUGCCGCCGAUACCUGGUUGGACAAAGAGCAUCUGGGCAUGAAGGAUCCCACUCUACGACCUGGAGAUGCCGAUCUGGAGGAGACCAUCAAAAAGAAAGCCUCAAGAACAGAUCCGCUGGCAGAGUUCGAUGAGGACUCGCCCUCCCCCGCGCAGGUCACACGGCCCACCUCCGCGGCCUCCGCCGCGUCUGGAGCAUCGGCCGGGUCGGAUGCGUCAUCUUCCAAGAAGAAGAAAAAGGGAAAGAAGGCUUCAAAGGAACCCUCAUCUGACCACACAGCGUCUGUGCUUGCCUCUGCGGAGACCAGCAAAACAGAGGCCGAGACCUCCAAGACCGAUUCUUUGACUGACGAAGGGGAGGCUGAUCCAGAGGUGGAGGGCAAGAAAGAGAAGCCGAAAAAGAAAGGCGGCAAAAAGAAAGGAUCGCAGGAUACCGAUGACAUGGGCCAAACGGCUGAGAGCUUCGCUUCGGCGGCCUCCGCCGCCACGGCACAGAGCGCCGUCACGGAUGAAAGUGAGGUAGACUCCCCCAAAGCCAAGAAAAAACCCAAAGCCAAGCCAGCUGCGAAGAAGGAGCCGGUGUCACCCUCAACGAAGUUGGAAGUUCCACCUGGAGCCGAGCCACCCGGCCGGAAGAAGAGCGAUGCCGACGUGGUCACGAGCGCGGCGGACGAGACCAAAGUGGUGGUUCCGGGCAAGGCCAGCCCCACCUCACCAAAGCCGACUGACUCUGCCCGGGCGUCGCCCAAGAAAGGCGGAGGCGGUGCACGCCGGUCUGCAAAGCCAGGUGGAUCGGAAGGGUGCGGACUUCAAGGAAACGGCCCAAUUUGA